CCUAAAAGCAGGAUGAGAAACAGCGCUGGAAAAUCCCUCUACAGUUUUCAUUUUAACUUUGUGAAUAGUCGUUGGGAGUGGAAACAAAAUCUUUGUUUUGAAUCUGCCCCACUGUCGAGAGAAUGUCCGUUUGAACUCAGAAGCUUAAUUUAUCAGAACUCUGCAUCUUGUCUGUUGCUCUUCUUGAGCCUUCAGUGCAAGGCUUGAGCUAGUCCCUCCACUCAUCACCUGACGCAUGGCUGUGUUGACAGUUGAGCUAGGAGAGUCUUGGUUCUAGCAACUGCAUUUUCUGCCUACUUUGAUGUAGAACCGCAGAUGACCACGGUGCCUUGAGUUUUACACCAGAAUCGAUCUCAACUAGAAGAAACAGUUUGUGAUCUAAUUUCUUCACGAUCAACCAUGGAUGUGAUGAAUGUAGCCAUCGUGUCAAAUGGCUCAAGUGUGGUGAUGCCUACAGCUGAGCAAGUCUGUGAUGCUCACUGCAGAGCCAUUCUGACAACAGCCUACAGUGUAGUCUUAUUUGGAGGCACCGUUGGAACAGUUAUGAUGUCACACAUGAUGUUCAAGAGGAAUAGCCAAUCAGCAAUUGCCACAAUCAUCAUUAAUAUCAUUGUUCUGCACUCCCUUCUCCUGAUUAGUCUGCCAUUCCGCCUCAGCUACUAUCUCUCAGCAGUCUGGAAGCUUGGGUCUUUUACCUGCCGAAUGGUUAGUGGCAUCAUAUAUGGCCAUAUGUACCUUACCUUUGUAUUUUACGUUGCCAUUGUUACACUUCGGUUGCUCAUCUAUUUUAAGAAGCUCCAAAUGCAACAGUUACAAAAGUUCCAUGCUGUGGCUCUAAGUGUUAUUAUUUGGAUGGCAGGAAGCUUCAUCUUUUUACCAAUAUUUUUUUUACAGUAUGGCACAGAUCCAAGUUAUACGGAACAACAACGGUGCUUUGAGUUUCAUAAAUCUCUCAACUGCAGAGACAUCAUCAUCAUAAACUACUCUAUAAUAAUUAUUAUGAUGACAACAGUUCUGGUCCUUUUUCUGAUACAGCUGGCUGUCAUUCUUCGUUUGAUAAAAGCCCAUUGGCCUGAUAUGUGGGCCCAUCAAGAGUACAGAGCUCAAAUCAAGAGUUUUUUCUUCCUGUUGGUCAUAGUUGUCUGCUUUAUACCCCACCAUGCAUUCAGGGUAUAUUUUAUUCAAAAUUAUCCAGAGCAAGAAAAUUCUAAGUUAAUACUGUACAAUGAAAUCUGUGUUGCUUUAACAGCCUUCUGCUGCCUGGAUAUGUUAUGUUUCAUAGGUGGUGUCAUCCAUUAGACCUUCCCAUGCUCUUUCUGUGAUUGGUUUAUAGGUCAUCAUGAUGAAGAGCACUUCAGCUGAAUAGAUAAGAGUGCUGUUAUCAUAUUUUAAAUUUUCAAGUCUCUGCUCCUGAACAUCAGAUUUUUGGUUUCUCUUAGCCACAAUUGUUUUCUUACAAAAACUUAAUCAACCCUAGUCAUCUACUUUUCCUUUUACAGGUGCUUACAGGUUCCAAAUGUAACCCAGAAUAUGUUGGAUUUCUUAGCUGUACCAAACACACCAUUCCUUCCUUUUUCCAUUUCAUUCAUUAUUCACUUUAGCCAAGUACAUCUAUGUGUUCUCCCCAUACUCCUGAGACUUUUAGUCUACCAAGUUUUGCUCUGAAUGUGUUCAUUUCCCCAUUCCUGUCCACCAAAAUUUAGAUAACCUAUAGUUAUAAAUGAAAAUACCUUAAUCUAUUCAAAUUAAGAUUUCCUGCUGGUAUUGGCACUGGGAGGAGAGUAUUACCUUCAACACAGUGGUCAAGAGAAUUAGAGGAAACUCUUCUAAGAGACUGGGCAUCGAUGUGGUCCAUUCUGAUGAGUCACAGAACGGACUUGGAAGCCAGGGGUUACCUCCUGAUCUACCUUUAGUACAAAGCAGUAAAAGACAUUGGAAAUGACAAAAACAAAAACAAAAACAAAAACAAAACAAAAAGACAAAAAAAACAACAACCAACCAACCAACCACCACCAACAACAACAAAAAACCCUACCACCACCACCAUCACCACCAACAACAAAAACUGGACUGGCCUGAGCUUGCCAACAGACUCUGGUAACAAACCUUGCAGGCCAUAUAGCUCCUUUUAUAUUUUUUCAAGACACCCUAUGCUUUCAAGAACCAUCAUAUAAUUAAAAGGAGCACUCAUGUCUGCCACACUCAAUAAAAGUAAUCAAGAUAACUAACUUGGAUUCUGUCUAUAUCAUAUAGAAACUCACAUGUACUUAUUCUUUGCUUAUAAUAGUGCAUCCUUGAAGAGUGUAUCUAAUUAACACAACGAUCAAACAAUUCUCUGAUGAUUAAUAGGUAAGCAUAGUUAAUAGAAAUAAAUUUUGGAGUCAUGUGGAGAGCUCACCAGAGAAGAUGGAGAACUGUGUUUAAUAAUCAUUGAACUUUGGGUCAAAUAUGUGCAAUCCUUUCCAUGGAUUCUGUGAAAGAGUACUAAACAUGUAGGACUGAGUAUUAGUUCUUUGCUUUCAUAAUUCAGGGACAACUUAUACAGUACAAUUUUAAGACACUGUUGUUAUAGCUGGGAAUGGAGUACAUCCUGACAAAGCUCAUGUAUUGAAAGUUUGGUCCUCAUGUUGAUGUUCUAGAAAUUUUAGGAAGCAAGACCUACCCAAGAGGAGGUAGGUCAAUGGUUAUUCCUCUCUCAAUUUUAUGCUUCUAGUUUCACAUAGAUCAAGAAGGCUCUUUGCUGCAUCCCUUUUACAUGAAUAUUUUACUCAUGUGUAUAAUAUCAAACUAUGAUAUAAAAGCAAUCCUCCUUUAACUUGUUCUGUUAGUAAUUUGGUUAUAAUAUAAAGUGAUUAAUAAAAAAUGGCUCGUUGUUUCUUGAAGCUUUGGAACUGGUUUAUGGGUAGAAAUUUGGAAGAACUAGGAAAUUCAGCCUAGAAAGGUUCUAAAAUGCAGUAUUUAAUGGAUGUUCUAGUGGGAGUUCAGAAGACCAAAUAUUGAUAGAGAUAUUGACUUUUAUGAACAGACUUAUGAAGUUAAGGAUAAGACUAGAAACUCUCUGGGAAUUGUACCUAAUGCCAUAUAUGCUAGUUAUGACAAAGCCUACAUUUUGUCUAUAUCUGUAUGUGUCAGACUGUUUAAAUCUGAUGGACUAAUAAAUUUGGUGAAUGAAAUGUCAGACAGUA